AUGACUUCCGACACCCCUGCUUCUUCCCUGCCAACUCGCGAUCCAGCUGAAAUCAACAAAUUGGUGACGGAACAAGAUGACAACUCUUUCUACCAUCACCCUUUAUGGUCGGAGCGAUGGUCACACCCUGAGUUCAUAGGCCACUACUCGAAUAAUUGGCUUAAAGCUCCCUGGAUUAAACAGACUAAGCGGCGCACAACAAGAUUUCUGUACCCCUCGGUGGACUCUAAAUUCCCCUGGGGCUACAUCAUAUACCGAACAAUCUACACCGCCGAAUCAGAUGAGCUCUGGCCUAUCGCUAUGGAUAAACUGGCUAAAGUCAUAAAUUACUCUAUCGACUCUGAUCUUCUCGCCGAAAUUCAAUACAAGGAACCCGAGGAUCCAGAGCCAGAUGCAGACGCAGAGCGAUUGGUGAAGGAAACGCAUAAGGACGUCAUUUUCUCAGACAAACAGUUCUGGGAUGGAGCAAGUACCGAGCAAGUUCGCCAACAUUUUUCUGAGUACCUUCGCGCAAGCAAAGGCCGAGGGACCGGUCGAUUCGAAGGCUGCCUCCUUAUUGAUGAGCGAUCGCUGAAGUCAAUCGUUGCCAGUCCCGAUCCCCAGCCCUGGGUCAAGGGAAGAAGGACUAAGAAGCCUAGUCAACCUUGGGGAUUCAUUGGUAUGAUCGAUGGGCGGCAUCCUGAGAAUCGGUAUGAGCUCUGCCCCUCUGUUCCUGAUGGAUUGAUUCCGGUUUAUGACAGUGGAACUGGGAAAGCGCAAGACGAGGAGGGAAAUGUUUUCCCUACAGCAGCCGAUCGGACGACUCGAAUAUUUUGA